AUGCUGAACCUCGUCCUUCGUCUCGUCGCCAUCGCAGCCUGUGUCUUUGGGGUCGCGAUAUGUGCACGCAUCAGUGGAGAGGUCUUGAGAGAUGACCGAGGCGGCAGCACCAUCAUCACGACAUAUAUCGACCCUGCGACAGGGGCAGGAGACAUCGCAAGAGAAAACCCUCGAGUGACUGCGUUAGAGCAACAGAUGCCGGGAGUCGUCGCCAUCACCACUUCGCCUGCCUGGCCACAUUCGACCGGAAAAGCAAAAGCCCAUUCCACACCCGCUUCGUCGGCGUCUUCUCCAGAAUCAAGCUUCCAACCAACUUCCUUUAACUGGGUACCAUCGCACGCACAGUCUACGAAAGAGUCGGGCUCGCCUACCAGAGCAAUCGCUUUUCCAUUUUCAUCUUCACAUUCCCCAUGGAAGAUGGUUGGCGACUAG